AUGGUAACUGUUGAUACAGCCUUGCCUCAGCAGAAUCUUCUGAGGAGUUUCAUGUCUAACACACAUGGGGUUGCUUGGGUGGGUAUAUCAACCUGUCCUAUGUACACAUUUGGUGGGGGUCCAAAGAGCCAUGAGAUGAUGGGAAUCUUCAACCAGAACAGAUCUUGGGAUAGGCCAAGGGAUGAACCUAACAUCUCCUAUUUUUAUCCCCACCACCCUCCAUUCAUGACUGCUAUGCAACAGCCACACUACCAGUGCUAUCCUUCUAGCUUCUCAGACUCCACAGCCUCAACACCACAAGUCUCAGUCACUGAACCCACAUCAUCACUUUCAGAGGACAUCAUGGCAAGCCAGUGUGAGACCAUUGCACCACCAUUUAUAGACUUUCUUGGAGUCGGAGCCAUAUGAAAGUUUAACUUUCUUGAGCAUCUCUAUGCGGGCAAAGUUCCAUGAUGAACCGAGAAAAAGCUAUUUUGAGGCAAAAGAGAAAACACAAUUUGUUGUUUUUCAGUUGGGUGACAAUGAAGUAUCGAUGCCAUGUCUUUUGAAAUCUCACCAUCUUCCCUCUUUUGAAACCUUAUUCUCAAC